AUUUCACAUCUUCGCUGCAAUUAUUCAAUUUUAUCGAGUGGAGAAAAGAUGGCAAAAAGCUUCAAAGAUGAGCUCCAGGGAAUCCUCACCUGUCUGUCAUCAUCAUCCUCCUCCUCCUCGUCAAGCAAGUCUUUAGCUUACUCAACACUCUUACACCUCCAGCAACUCUCCGCUAGCAGCAGCGCCGACCCUUCUUUCAUCACAUUGCUCGCAGACUCUUCCCCUGUCUUCUUGCGAUCGAUUCUCGUCGAUAUCUUCGACCACGAUGAAGAAAUGAUUGCUGUGCAGGCAUUGAAGUGUUUGGGAUUUAUGAUUUAUCAUCCUUCUAUACUUGCCUCUAUUAAAGGCGAUGAUGCCUGCAUGAUUAUUGAGUCUCUUGUUAAAGUAAUCACAACGACCAAGAUAAAGUGGGUUUGCAAUUUGGGUGUCUGGUGUAUAUCUAUGCAACAGUUUAGUACAUCGAUUUUGGACACACAUCUCCAGGCUUUGCUAAGGGCAAUUAUCUAUGGCCUUGAUAAUCCUAUGGGCUCUCUUUCUAUCACAUUUGAGGCUAUGCAGGCUGUGAUGAAGUUGUCUAGUUCACUGGGUGAAAAGAUGAGAAAUUUAUCCUAUAUAUGGGUUCCUCCAAUUUACAGAAGACUUGCCAGUGAUAAUAAAAGGGAGAGGGAAAUGUCUGAGAGAUGUUUGCUAAAAGUGAAGUGCAUUAUAUGUCCUCCACCAGUCUCUCUUUCCAAGGCAGUUGUCCUCGAUUUGAAGAAAAAACUGCUUGACACAAUAGAAGAGAUGCUGAAUCAUGGCAAGAAGAUUGAGGCUCUACAAGCAUGGGGAUGGUUUAUGCGCUUACUUGGACCAUAUUUGACCAAUCACAAGCGUUUACUCAAUGAAUUGCUUAAAUUUCCAACACAGACAUUUUCUGACUUUGAUCCACAAGUUCAGAUUGCUUCACUGGUUUCCUGGGAAGGUUUGAUUGAUGCAUUAAUCUGUCCACCAUUUGAUGCUCCUGAGAUCAGUUCAGCUGCAGGACAAGCUACUAAUGAUAUGAAAAUAUCUGGAGGGGACUGUAAAAAGAUCACUUCAGAUGGCUUUUCCAAGAAGAUUAAGCUUAUAAUGACACCUCUUACGGGAAUUAUCUCAAGUAAAUGUGAUGUAUCUGUUCAUGUAUCGUGUCUGACUACUUGGUGUUAUCUUUUGCAUAAGCUUGAUAGUUCUGUCAGCUGUGAUUCAGUGGCUAGAAUGGUGUGCCAGCCCAUUUUAGAAGCCAUAUUCCAUCUUGGACCUGAUGACAGGAACAUAUGGUCAUGGAAUUUUUGUAUUGAGCUGCUUGAUAAUUUUAUAUUAACAAGAAGUGGCCAAAAUGGCAGCACAAAUCUCCAGAAAGGUGCUGAAUUGUUUGCUGAAAGCCCCCCAUCUGUGAAGUGCUCAUGGAGGCAUUAUCCUAUCAAAUGGUCACCUUGGGAUCUAAAUCAACUGGAAUUUUUCAUAAAGAUGAUUCAUUGCCUGUUCAAUCAAGGGUCAAAUGCUGCAAUGUCCAAUGAAUUAGUUAUACUAACAUACAAUGCUGCCUCAAGGCUAUUCAGAUCUCUCUUGAAAUCAGUUCAGAAUGUCUUAAGAUGUGGACUUGUCACUUAUGAUGAGGUUAUGCUAUGUCUGAAUGUUAUUUUGAAGUUCUUCAACGAGAUAAAUGAGAAGUUGGCUUCAGGCAGUAGUCACACCAAUGAUUUACAGAAAAUCUCCCUUCAGCUUUUCUAUGCUGCAACUGAAGAGCUAGAACCCUCAAUACUAGAAUCCCCUCUGUACAGAGUGGCUGUGGACAUAAAAGACCUUGAAAAGGUAGAACCAAUUUGUGAACUUGGGAAUCUAAAAAUAUCAGAUGUUGGCUGUGUGGCUUAUAUGGGGAAGGUCUCUCCUGCAGUGUACAUAAGUAUACUCUACUUUGUCACAGUCAUUAAGUCACGGGUGGAUGCUCCUGACUACAAGUCCAUAGUACUCGAGAUGUGCAGAUAUAUGAAAUUCAUACUUUCUUCUUAUGACACUGUAGAGAUGCUCAAUGUUUUUGUUGGUUUACUAUACAAACACAAGGUACCAAAUUGCUUAGAGAUAUGGGUAGUAGUUGCAAGCUGCCUCAAAGAAUACAUAGAUAGUAAAAGCAAUCACUCAUUGUUCGUAAUGGGAGACAGCCCUGGUUAUUCUGCCGUUAUGCUUCUCCUUAACUAUCCAUUUGCUGCUUACCCUAUCCUUCAGAUGCAGCUUGAAACUGAGUGUGGUAUUGAAGCAUGGAAAUCACUUUAUGUUUCUAUCUGUCAAAGCUCACAACAUUGUCAUCUGACUAUGACUAGGCACAUUUUUGCAAUGUUGAAUGAGUGCAUUGAUGAAACCACUAUCAGAGAUGACCCUGCAACUCAAGCACAGCAAAAUGAAAAGAGUGAGAACAUUGAUUUUUUCCUAUUACUAGGAAAUGUCAUGAUAUGUGUUUUGGAGCAGGCUAUUCUAAGAGCUAAUAACAAUAACCACACAAGUAAAGAUGGUGACUUCAGGAACAUCAACAAUGUCAAGAGUAGCUUGGAAUUUGCUCUCAGGUUCAUGAAGAUCCCUUGGGUGGUGGAAGAAGGAGAUUUGCAAACGAGCUUCACUCUAGCAUCAAGGAUCCUAUCAAAAGUGGUCAACUUCAUUGGCUGCUUCCCACUGCAACAAUAUUUUAUCUCAUUUAUCGAGAUUACCACAAAUCCGUUGCUUCUGUGGCUGUCACAUAUGGAUGUGCGAGACAAUGACUUCAAAGAUCAACUUCAGCAAUUAUGGACUGAAAUCCUGAAGAAUCUGCAGAAGAGUCAGCCAGCAAUGAACUUUGAUUCUUCAUUUCUGAAACUGCAAGUGCCCCUUCUUGAGAAAACCCUUGAUCAUCCAAAUCCAGAGAUCUCCAAUCCAUCUAUCCAGUUUUGGAAUGCCACAUAUGGUGAACAGAUCAAUUUACAAUACCCCGAAAGCCUACUUCCCAUUCUUGACAAACUCUCAAGAAAUGGGAAAUUAACCCUCUGCAGAAAAACCAUUCCAGCUCCAAAUAGAUACAAGGUCAGCGCCUCCCUGAACCGGUGUUCUAAAAGAGUUGAAUUUGUAGAUGAAAACACAAAGGUUUACCCAGGUAGAAAAAGAAAACAUGCUGAGCUAACUGAACAUCAGAAAGAAGUGAGACGAGCUCAGCAAGGGCGACACAGCGACUCCAUUGGUCGCGGUCCAGGAAUCCGAACUUACACCAGUGUUGAUUUCUCUCAAGAUAAUGAAGAAUCCCAAGAAGAAAGCCAGGACAUCAGGGAUGCAGACUCCACCCUGGAGAUGUUGCAAAGAGUUCACUAGCAGAGCUUCAGAAGUGUUCUGUAAGGCUGUAACAAAGUAGCUGUCAUAUGUAUGUAACUGUGCAGUGUGCUUGUAUUUACCAGUUUAUAUUUUAUAAUAAAUUAAGAUCAGUGGUAUUUGAUGGUUA